AUAAUUUUAGUGGGGUCUUCUCUGAUCUCUCUCUCUCUCAUCUACUAUUCCAAUUAUCAUUCUCUCUUCUUUAUAAUUUCUUUGUUUCCUAUCUAUCCCUACUUCUGAUUCUACUACUUUUCAGAGCUAUCUCAUGCCCAUCUUUUUCUUCUGUCUUAGUUAGUUAAUUUACACAGCCCCUAGCUAGCAGCAGGUCGUUUUGUCUAAUUUUCAAAUCUAACCCUUCUUUAACCUUAUCAUCCUCAUGAUCGAUCCCACCAUCAAAAACUACUGCCUGAUUCUAACCUAGCUGCAUAUAUACAUAUUAUAACCCAAUUUUCUACAUGUAGCAAGAAACCUUCUUUCCUUUUUCUUUAUUUAUGAAAUUCUUUUUUAAUACUUUUCAAAUGAAGCAUCCAUACAUGGAGAUGAAAGGUAGGGACAUAAUCAAAUGACAUAAAAGAGAAAGAAUAGCUGCAGCAAAGAGAUCGAUUGUUCAUUGAUCUCUCACGCAGCUGAUUCUCUUUAGCCAUUGAAGUCUUAUAGCGAGCUAGCUAUGGACGCCGUCUUUUCGCCCCUUUUAAGUGAAGCUGACCGCACCUAUUAUCUCCGCUCGCUAAUGCACUCUUUUCGCUGCACUUACAUUUGCUUUUGGUUAUAUAUUCCUCAACCCAACCACCAUUUAUACUACCUGGGCGGGCAUUACAGUGAAGAAAACAACCCACCUGACCCUUCUUCAGGAAGCUUAGCGAGAAGGCUAUUUGACGGAUAUCGGCGAGAAGUGUUCUACGUUCUGAAUGAUCAUAUUCCCGGUAUGGCUUUCAUUAAUAACCAGCCCUACAGAGAGCUAUCCCAAUCGGAACUUCUAAGACUGACAUCAGUUGCAGUGCAGCGACAAUUCUAUCAGGAAGCAAGGAUUAAGACUGCAGUCUUUAUGGGGUGCUGCAGUGGAGAAAUUGAGAUGGGAUGGGCCAACGCGAAUCAAAUUAACAUGGAAAAUGCAAUGAUGAGUUGGUUUUCAGAGUACAGUAUUCCUCAGCAAUCUCUAUCACAACUGAGAGAACUUUCUCAAGCACUUGAUCCGAACCCGCCCUCAUCUUCUUCCUCCUCAUUGAGAUCCCUGGAUAGUCCAGACAGCUCUUCUUUUAUGUUCAAUAUGCCAACCACAUCAAACAUAGCAGAAAUACCUCUGGAGGUUCGCCCAUUGCAACCAAUACCAAGCGCAUCGAGUUCGAUCCAACAAGUCUUGCAGUUUUUGCAGCCAACGCAAAGCACAACUAGUUCAGUUCAACCAGCAAUGCAAUCUUUUCAACAAGUGCCAAGCACAACAACUAGCCCACUUCGACAAGCCAUGCAACCUUUGCAACAAGUACCAAGUACAACAACGAGCCCAGUUCAUCAACAAGCCAUGCAAUCUUUGCCACUAAUACCAAGCGCAAGUACUAGUCCGCACCAACAAGCCAUGCAAUCUUUGCCACUAAUACCGAGCGCAAGUACUAGUCCGCACCAACAAGCCAUGCAAGCAUUUGCUUUGUCAAGAAACAUUCAGUUACCAUCCCAAGAAAGUGAAGAUGCGGCGAUGACAAGAGCUAUUCUUGCAGUUUUAACUUCUCCUUCUUCUUCUACCUCGUCUUCAACACCUAACUUACCUUACACCCAUUACCAUGGGGUAAGCCAGCAGAGAGGUAGUGCUUUCAAGAGUUAUCUAGCUCCCCGGAUUCCAAUGAGAGCAAGUUUACACAGGCAAAAUUUGCUUAAACGAUCAAUUACUUAUUACAGAAAUUUAAAUAUUGCGAGACGGGAACAUAUGACGGCAAACCGACCCACUACCACUCAAUUGCACCAUAUGAUAUCGGAGCGCAAAAGGCGAGAAAAAAUCAACGAGAGCUUUGAAGCAUUGAGAAAACUUCUCCCUCCAGAAGCCAAGAAAGACAAAGCAUCAGUGCUUACUCGAACAAGGGAGUACUUAACUUUGCUGAAGACUCAAGUAGCGGAGCUGAGCCAGAGAAAUCAGCAAUUAGAAGCAGAAUUAUUGCCUGCUGCUAUAGAAGCUCAUGCAGGAGAAGUAAUUGCAGAGAACCAGCAAUCGGGAUCCUGGGAAGGAAGAGUAGAAGUCAGGAUUACGAAUGUCUCAGAAUCAACAUCAGAAGAUGAAAGAAUAAUCAAUUUACUAAUUGUUCUAAGAGGAGAAUGUCCUGUCUCAGAUUUUGUGAUUCGGAUACUUGAGUUCUUGAAACAAGUUAACAAUGCGAACUUGAUGUCUGUCGAUGCCAACACAAGUAGAGGAGCAUCAAGAUCCUUGAAUCGUGUAAUCUUGAGAUUGAGAAUCGAGGGAAACGAAUGGGACGAGGCUGCCUUCCAGGAAGCAGUGAGAAGGGUUGUUGCUGACUUGGCACAGUGACAAAUUUGGACUAAAUCAUAUGCAUAAAUUGAAUUAAUGGUGACCUAAUUCCAGGAAGCGCACCUUGUCUUUUAUAUAUGUAAUACCUUAGGCCAAAACAACAUACGAUUAUGUACAGUGCAUAAUUAACCGGAGUUUAUGAAAUUUUAUUUUGUAAUAUUUUUUGAUCUGCUAGACUAUUUCUAAGUUGCCAAAAUAUAAUAACAUAAGACCUUUUUGCU